AUGAGUGACACUGAGGAAACAAUGGAUACAACCAAUGAUAAAAGUGAGUCGGAAAAUAUAACACCUACCAAACGAGCAGCAGUUAUGAAAAGACAAAAAGAAAAACUUGAAGAAAAAAAAGAUGCUGAUGAACUUGAAGAAGAACUUGGUGGUGUUGAUGAGUUACCAGAAGAAGAUGACGAAGAUUCUGAUCAAGAAUAUACAACAAAAAAAAAGAAACCAAUUAAAAAACCUGAAAUAGUUCUUGAUCCUGCAUUUCAAAGUCGAUUGAAUGAAGAUCAAGUUAAACGAUUUAAUUAUUUACUUGAACAAACAGAAAUUUUUUCACAUUUUGUUCAAGAUGGUCAACUUAAUAAACAUGCAAAAGGUGGUGGUCCAACGUCACCUUUAAAAAUGAAAACACAAGUUAAAAAACCAAUUUCAUCAAAUCCUAAUACUACUACUGGAGAUCAUCGUCAUCGUAUGACUGAAGAAGAAGAAGAUGCUGAAUUAUUAAGUGAUGCAAAAGAAGCUGAAAAACUUAAUUCAAUAACACGAUUUGAUCAAUCACCAUGGUAUGUCAAAGGUGGUGAAAUGCGUGAUUAUCAAGUUCGUGGUCUUAAUUGGAUGAUAUCAUUAUAUGAAAAUGGUAUCAAUGGAAUUCUUGCUGAUGAAAUGGGUCUUGGCAAAACUUUACAAACCAUAUCAUUAGUUGGUUAUAUGAAAUUAUGUCGAAAAUCUGUACCACAUUUAGUUAUAUCACCAAAAUCUACAUUACGUAAUUGGAUGAAUGAAUUAAAACGUUGGGUACCAUCAUUAAAUAGUGUUUGUUUAAUUGGUUCACAAGACGAACGUAAUCGUAUAAUACAUGAUGAAAUUGAACCUGGUGGUUGGGAUGUUAUUGUAACAUCAUAUGAAAUUGUUUUACGUGAAUCAUCUAUUUUAAAAAAAUAUAAUUGGUGUUAUGUUAUUAUUGAUGAAGCACAUCGUAUUAAAAAUGAACAAUCAAAAUUAAGUAAAAUGGUACGUUUACUUAAAUCACGUAAUCGUUUAUUAAUAACUGGUACACCAUUACAAAAUAAUUUACAUGAAUUAUGGGCAUUAUUAAAUUUUCUUUUACCUGAUGUAUUUGAUUCAGCUGAUGAUUUUAAUGCAUGGUUUGAUACACAAAAAUGUUUAGCUGAUGAUAAAGAUCUUGUUACACGUUUACAUGGUAUAUUAAAACCAUUUUUAUUACGACGUUUAAAAAGUGAUGUUGAAAAAAAACUUCCACCAAAAAUUGAAACCAAACUUUAUGUUGGUUUAGCACCAUUACAAAGACAAUGGUAUACAAAAAUUUUAAUGAAAGAUAUUGAUAUAUUAAAUAGUGCAAGUGGUAAACUUGAUAAAAUUCGUUUAUUAAAUAUUCUUAUGCAACUUCGAAAAUGUGCUAAUCAUCCAUAUAUUUUCGAUGGUGCAGAACCUGGUCCACCAUAUACAACUGAUAAACAUUUAGUUGAUAAUUGUGGAAAAAUGAUUAUAUUAGAUAAACUUUUAAUUAAACUUAAAGAACAAGGUUCACGUGUACUUAUAUUUAGUCAAAUGACACGUAUGUUAGAUAUAUUAGAAGAUUAUUGUAUAUGGAGAAAUUUUGAAUAUUGUCGUUUGGAUGGACAAACAUCACAUGAAGAUCGACAAUCAUCUAUUGAUGCAUAUAAUAGUCCAAAUAGUACAAAAUUUGUAUUUAUGUUAUCAACACGUGCUGGUGGUUUAGGUAUUAAUUUAGCAACAGCUGAUAUUGUUAUUUUAUAUGAUAGUGAUUGGAAUCCACAAGUUGAUUUACAAGCUACAGAUCGUGCUCAUCGUAUCGGUCAAACUAAAACGGUUCGUGUUUUUCGUUUAAUAACUGAACAUACUGUUGAAGAACGUAUUGUUGAACGUGCUGAAAUGAAAUUACGUCUUGAUCAUGUCGUUAUCCAACAAGGUCGUUUACAAGAAGCAGCAACAAAAUUAGAUAAAGAUGAAAUGUUAUCUAUGAUUCGACAUGGUGCUACACAUGUAUUUUCAUCAAAACAAGGUGAAAAUGAAUUAGAUGUUGAUAUUGAACUUGUUUUGGCACAAGGUGAACAAAAAACAAAAGAAUUAAGAGAAAAAUAUGAAAAUUUAGGUGAAAGUCAAUUAAGAAAAUUUACAAUUGAUAAUGAAAAUUUAACUGGUCCAAAUACAAGUGGUACCGGUGAUGGAACAGAUGCUGGUGGUGGUUCAAUAUAUAAAUUUGAAGGUGAAGAUUAUCGAGAAAAACAAUCAUCAACACUUGGUAUUAAAUGGAUUGAACCGCCAAAACGAGAACGUAAAGCAAAUUAUGCAGUUGAUGCAUAUUUUCGUGAAGCAUUACGUAUGAGUGAACCACGUGCACCAAAAGCACCACGUCCUCCACGUCAACCAAAUGUACAAGAUUUUCAAUUUUUUCCUCCACGUUUAUUUGAAUUACUUGAUCGUGAAAUAUAUGCAUAUAGAAAAUCAAUUGGUUAUAAAGCUGUACGUGAUCCUGAUUUAGAUGAACAAGAAGGUAAACGACAACAACAAGAAGAACAAAAAAAAAUUGAUGAUGCUGAAUCAUUAAAUGAAGAUGAACAAUAUGAAAAAGAUCAAUUACUUCAACAAGGUUUUUGUAAUUGGACAAAACGUGAUUUUAAUCAAUUUAUUAAAGCAAAUGAAAAAUAUGGUCGAGAUGAUUUAGAUGCUAUUUGUCGUGAUGUUGAAGGUAAAACACCUGAUGAAGUUAUGUCAUAUGCAAGAGUUUUUUGGGAUCGUUGUCAUGAAUUAACUGAUGUUGAACGUAUUAUGGCACAAAUUGAACGUGGUGAAACAAAAAUUCAUCGACGAAUUAGUAUUAAAAAAGCACUUGAUGCUAAAAUGGCUCGAUAUAAAGCACCAUUUCAUCAAUUACGUAUUCAAUAUAAUACAAAUAAAGGCAAAAAUUAUACUGAAGAAGAAGAUCGUUUUCUUCUUUGUAUGUUACAUAAACUUGGUUUUGAUAAAGAAAAUGUUUAUGAAGAACUUCGUUAUGCUAUACGACAAUCACCACAAUUUCGUUUUGAUUGGUUUCUUAAAUCACGUACAUCAAUUGAAUUACAACGACGUUUAAAUACAUUAAUAACUUUUGUCGAACGAGAAAAUCAAGAAUUAGAAGAACGUGAACGUGCCGAAAAGAAAAAAGGUCGUACAUCAUCAAAAAAUACUAAUACACUUAAUUCAUCACAAAAUUCUCAAUCAACACCGAUUGCAAAGGUUAAUGGUAAUCAAAAACGUAAGCCUGACGCAUUUGUAGUUGCAUCAAAUAGUUCACCUGCUAAACGGAAAAAGAAAUGA